AUGGCCGUCACCACAGCAGCAGGCGCUGCUAACAAGUCGCGCUCGAUGAAUCGAUCCUGCAUACAAUGCCGCGAGCGCAAGAUCAAAUGCGACCGUCUCGACCCUUGCAGCCAGUGCACCUCCAAAGGCGCCACCGAUCAAUGCAGACGAGAGCUUCGCAAAAAGAGGGCCAAGAACAAGCGCCCCUUCCCCAAGCGCAAGACCGGCACCGCCACAGCAUCCACGCUCUCCGACUCCACGGUCGCCCGCUCCGAGCGCAUAUCGACAACGAGUAGUCCUGGCGCCCAACCCACAUCCUGGGCCGACGGCUCCAUGGGCUCUGCAUCGCGUCACAGCCAAACCUGCCAAACGCCGUCCUCCGCCUCGGGCAAGGCUAGCACGCCCAACACUUCCUCGUCUGCUCACGACUCCAGCUACCUCGGAACGCAGGAAAAGCACACUUUCAUCUCUUCCAGCCAUCACCCCCGGUCUUCGGCUCCAAGGCAGCAGCAGCAGGCAUCACUCCCUGGCGACUUGGACCUAAGCUCCAGCGGAUCCGAUGAGUCCGAUGAAUCCGACGAUGACGAGGAUAACGCUGAGCCGUCUUCACAUCUCGACGACCGACUCCACAUCCUCGAGGCAAAUCAGCUCAUGGCGCUCAACACCGCUCCCGAAGCCAGGUGUCCCUUUGCCCUCAAAGACGUCUACGCAGAAUGGAAGGCCAUGCCCCUCGACAGACGCCGUGGCCUUAUCUACGACAUUCGUUCAGCACUGCCUACUGUGGAGCAGUCGCUGCACCUCUUGCACAGCGUCUACGUCAAGCGCAUCCACUCCCUCUAUGGCAACGUCGUCCACGUCCCGAGCGUUCACCUCGUCCUUGCCGAGCUCCUCACCGAUCCCAACUUCGAGAUGCGUGAACGCUAUGCGAUGGGCCCCAUUACCACGGCGCUUAUGGUCAUCUUUGCCGCGCUUCGCGCCGCUCCGCUCGACCGCAACUACACCUGGCCUGCACCUGGAAGCAGCGGCACGCACAUUCAACCGCUCAGCCAGAGGGAAAUCCGCCAACGCCAAAAGAAGAUCUACAUUCUCGUCAGACGCAUCCAGGCGUUCGAGUCAAACUUCACUUUUGGCAGCAUCUCCGAACUCCAGACUGCCGUCCUCAUGCUCGCCUGUGGCAAGGGCUCGCCGUCGUUCUUCGACUCGCUCGCCGACUGCGCCAUCCGUUCGGCUAUGCGCAUGCGCAUCCAUCGUCUCGGCUCCCUUGAAAGGAUGCACAGUCCGCACGCUCGCCCCAGUCAGGUUGUCACCGGUGAAAUGGCCGUCCGCUGCUGGUGGGCUCUCGUUCGCCGCGACUGGUCGCAGAGCAGCAAGCAUCGCUCGUAUCGCAUCGCACCCUCGCAGUUCAACACACGCCUGCCGCUCAACCUGUUCGACGACGAGCUCAUCACCAUCCCCGUGGCCCGUUCCCAUCUUCGCUCCACUUGGACCCCCGUAAGCUACUCGCUAGCCAUCAUCGACUUUGCCAUCAUGACCCGCUCCCUCGUCGAUCACGUCAACUCGCACUCCGAUCUCGACGAUGCUCCCGCCACCGUCGAUGGUUGGGGCCUUGCCGCCGUGUAUGGACAGCGCCUACCGGCUGCACAGCGCGACUCGCUCGACCAGCUCUUUCAGUCGCUCAUCUCGGCCUUUCCCGCUCACUAUUCGCUCGAUGCGCGUUACGAUGACAUCGCUAUGGUCGAUGUCGAGCGCUGGCUCCUCCACCAACGCCUCUUCCAUCUCUUCCUCACGCUCCAUAUGCCGCUCAUCUCUGAAGCCGCGCGUCCUCAUGGCAGCCUCAUGUACAUGGCGAACCAUAUCCUCGACAUCCAGGACAAGGUCUCCGGCAUUAGCACGCUCCUCGACAAUACUCGGGUCAAUACGCUCCAGAUGAUGCGUGCAUGCCUGGUGCUCUUGCUCGACCUCUUCUUCACCGAGGCACCCGCAAGGAUUGGCGGUCUGUCGCGCCUCAUGACGCGCAGAAAGAUCACCGCUGCGCUCGAAAGGACUCCGAUGGAGACGCUCUCCAGCACCACCAAGCUGAGCAUACAGCUUGUCCAAAUCCUUUUGCUCAUCGAAGAGCAGCAGCACCGCUCGCAGACGGCGCUGAGUGCCUCGACGGCAGAAUCGCCACUGCUCAACGGGAGCGCGCAAGAGGCCAGCGUUGGACCGGCCGUCGAUGCCGCUACACUGCGCAGUCGAUGGCAUGCAACGUGCCAGAUUCUCGACGUGCUGCUCAACGACGGUUAUUGGCGCUCCUUCCGCAAGAAUCUUUUGUCCCUCGACCACCUCAUCCCAGACUGGCUCCAGCAGCCUUUGCGGGAGGGCGUGGGGACGAUGCCUCAGAGCACGGUCCUGCCACGUUCGGUGGGUCCUCCCGCUGCAUCCACGAUCGUACCUAACGCAGCCUCAGAGCCGAGCUUCCCGGCACAAAUCGAACGAGGCUUUGACGCUGGCAACGCCGAGGCCAUCCUCGGACCAAUCCAUGACGCCGGCCUUCUCAUUCCUUUCGACGCCUCGCUUUUCGAUGAUCUCGAGACCGCCGACCUUGCCACGGGCGAUAACUCGUCUCCUUUGCCACAGCUCGACGUAGACCUGCUCGGUCAGCUCGAUUUCGAGGGCUACGGCAACUCGUCCCAGUCGCUUGACUUUGCCAAGAUGCUCAUGGACUGGCGCGUCGACGUACCUCUAGCUUUGUGA